AUGACCCAUUUCACCUAUUCCUCUCUUUUCUUUUCAGGUCUGACCUGUUUCGAUGUAACAACACAGCGUCAGAUUUCGCAAGGAUAUCCAGGAUCUUCAUACACGUCUGUCGGCCAUGAUGGAACAUUGAACGGGCAACUUACAGACGUCCAAAAACAUAUUCUUGAAAAUGGCGGGAGAACCAUUGGCGGAGAUGGACGUACGGAGAACAUUCAACCGCUCAGAGCUGGCGGUGAGGACCCACUUCGUUUACGACUGGUUUUUAUGGCGGAAGUGUCAAAUUCAGGAAAAGGUAACUCUUCGGCGAAUCAGACCACAAAAUCAGAGCGUCAGGAAGUUCACUCUCUCGCGUCUCAUCCAUCGUCAAUGAAUUUAAGAGUCAGUAAUCAGUUUUCGCCACACGGUGAUAUCGUGCGAUUGGAUUCUCAUGGAAUAUUAGUUGCUCAGAAGCGAAGGAAUCAAGCGCCUGUACCACAGCGUACUAGGUCAAGUGAUGCCGGACGAGUGCAAGGAUACCAAAGAACGGGUUCCGUAAUUCCUUCCCCACCAGCAAAAGCCGAGGCUCGUCGAUACAAGGAAGAAGCUCCAAGACCUGUGACACAUCAAAAUAAUGCGAGAAUUCCUUUUCGACCGAGAAAUAUGUUUAAGCCCCUGUCUCCACAAUCCCCAGGCUUCACGCCUUUGGAGAGACUCACUGACAACAGGAGAACUGUAAACACAAAUCCCGACCCACCGUGGCGUCCCGAAAGACAAAGAGAUCCAAUUACCCAACCAAGAGACCGUGUUCAUGCACCACAGCAACCUGUCGCAGCCAGAAAUACUGGUGACCCAUACGGUCGAUCACAAGGCGAGCCUUAUCCUCCACGAAAUGACAGAUAUCAAACUCGUCCAAUUAGAAAUGAAGGAACUCAAGCCCGACGACUCGGGAAAAUCUUAUCAGAUAUGGGUCAUACUCGACAUGAACCAGCCCCUCUACCAUCGAGACAUGCUGACAGUCGACCGUACCCCAUUCAAUAUACCAUACCCGACUCUGCCACACCGACUGAAAUGCGAGUACGAAGAAUUCAACAACCUGAAGUAACCCGAGCGCAGCCUAGAUACGUUGAUCACACAGCAGAUCGUGUAAGAGUACGACCAGAACCCACAACGCAUUACCAGAACGCUCAUCAACCAGUCAGCAGCAACGCUGGGUCAGGUGUAGCAAUUCCAGACACGUAUUCUGAUCGAGUUAGAGCUCCUCCGCAAGCACCCCGUGAUUCUGGAAGAUUGGUGAACCAACAACCACAAGUACAACGAACUGAGGUGCGAGCACCAAGUGCUAACAGUGCUCAAAUCCCGAGACAACCCUAUCAACCACAACAAGUGCAACGGCAAGAAGUGCGAACACCAAAUGUUAACAGUGCUCAAGUCCUAAGACAACCCUAUCAAGAACCACAAGUACGAGCAUUAAGUUCCAACAGUGCUCAAAGUCCAAGGCAGCCCUAUCAACACCCAACCACUGGGCCAAAGGGCCAAUCGACCACAAACGCUACAGGAGAAUUGGUCGUAUUGUCGAUGCAGGAAAACGCAGACGGUACUAUUACCUAUACCGUAGCCGAUCCACGAAAGGCUAAAGCGGAUAGAAUGAAUAAUAUACCAGUGCAAGUCAAGAAAUCUACUGCAGCUAGUAAUUCUAAUGUGUAUGAUCAACCGCAACAACAAAGCCAGUCAAUGUAUGAUCAACCGCGACAACAAAGCCAGUCAAUGUAUGACCAACCUCGACAACAAAGCCAGUCGGUGUAUGAUCAACCGCGACAACAAAGCCAGUCGGUGUAUGACCAACCGCGACAACAAAGCCAGUCAACGUAUGACCAACCGCGACAACAACCGCGACAUCAAAGCCAGUCGAUGUAUGAUCAACCGCGACAACAGCGCGAUUCACACACUCCGCUCACAGGUUCGCAAUACGACUCAUACCAAAGAGCAAUGGUCGCAUCGGCAGCUUCCGUUCCACAUUCGUACCAAGCUGCUUCUCAGACGCAAGUGCAACAAAAUAAAGGAUACGAUCCACGACGACACGACACUCCUCAAGCUGCACAGACGCAUCAAUACCACGGAAUGAACGUCAUUCCUAAGCAGGACGCAGGAACAAGAUACAACCCUGGUUCAGCGACUUCCUCUUCAAAUACCGAGAUGCAUAUUUCUUCCGUU